GCUCGGCCAAUGGCGGGGCGGGGCGGCCCCGCGCGGGGCACGCCGGGAAUAUGGAGAACUUCUCGGCGCUGUUCGGCGCGGCGGAGCCGCCGCCCGCUGCCGCCGCCGCGCUCGGAUUCGGGCCCGCCAAGGCGCCGGGCUCCGCUGCCGCACCGCCGCCCGCCGCCUCGGCCGCCGCGCCGCCGCCGGGCGAGGACGCGGCCCGCAAGGCCGCCGCCGGCCCCUUCUACCUGCUGCGGGAGCUGCCAGGCACUACAGAACUUACGGGCAGCACCAACCUGAUCACACACUAUAACCUGGAGCACGCCUACAACAAGUUCUGCGGGAAGAAGGUGAAGGAGAAGCUCAGCAACUUCCUCCCCGACCUGCCCGGCAUGAUCGACCUGCCCGGCUCCCACGACAGCAGCAGCCUGCGCUCGCUCAUCGAGAAGCCGCCCAUCUGUGGCAGCUCCUUCACCCCGCUCACGGGUGCCAUGCUGACCGGCUUCCGCCUGCACGCCGGCCCGCUGCCCGAGCAGUGCCGGCUGAUGCAUAUCCAGCCGCCUAAGAAGAAGAAUAAGCACAAGCACAAACAGAGCCGCACGCAGGACCCCGUCCCCCCAGAAACCCCCUCGGACUCCGACCACAAGAAGAAAAAGAAGAAAAAAGAGGAGGAUCCGGAGCGGAAGAGGAAGAAGAAAGAGAAGAAGAAAAAGAAGAAUCGGCACAGCCCGGAGCACCCGGGAGUGGGCAGCUCCCAGGCCAGCAGCAGCUUACGGUGAGGCCACGCCGGCAACGCCCUGGGGAUCCCCCGGCCCAUGGGAACAGCCCCAGCUGACCCCAGGGACUCUGGGGCUGGCCUGGCCCCCUGGCUAAGAGGACACCCCUGCAGCACCCCAGGACCAGGGGCACGGACUCUGUGGGUGCUGACCUCGGGCUUUUGUACCUGAAGAACCUGAAGCAUCAAAGCCUCUUUUAGUUACUUUUUAAAGUCUGCUCUGAGGAGGGGCUGGUGGCCAUGGCUGCUGUGACCCUCAGCUGUCAUGGAGGAGCCCAAACCAAGGUGUCCCUGGAGCACGCGGGGUGCCCUCCUCCGGAUCCCAAACCUCACCAGCACCCACAACACCUUCCCUGGAACUGCUUUUCCCAUGCCUGGAAAAUUCUUACCUUCUGUGGGAGCAGAGUUUGCCUCAAGGCGAUGCCUCCCCAAAACUGGGCCAGGCUCAGCUCUCACCAGACCCCCUUCUCUCUCUCUCUCUCUCUCGGGAUCGGGGGGAAGGCCGAGACCGUGAGGAUCAGGAGCCCUGGAGGGGCUGCUCCAUCCCUGGACACCAAACAAAGCACACGCACGGCCCUGGGGUGGCUCAUUAAAUAUCCUUUUAUUCCUCAUUUUUAAAAUGGCUGAUAAUAAUAAAAAACCCUGUCGUGGCUGUGCGGGGCCACUGGAGCUAUUGCUGUAGAGAAAGAGUCCGGUACUGCCGGCAGGGCUUUGGGGACGGGGAGCACGGGGCUCCUUGGCUGCGCUUUUUUGGCAUGUGAUGAGAAAAUAUUGCUUUCCGGGGAUGCACCUGCCUCUUCCCCGAGUGAGCGGAAAUAAAAACACCCCUGCGACAGCGAGAAACCU